GAUCUCUGAAGAUGGAGGUUGUGGAUGAUUGGGAGAUCUGUUUCCCAGAAUUCCCCAAUAUCUCCUGCUGGAAGCCACCGUCUCCUUGGCCUGAAACAUUGUUCAUUAACAUUACACUGUACUCCAUCUCUGUGCUCACUGCCGUCCUCAACCUGCUCAUCAUCAUCUCAGUCUCCCACUUCAGGCAGCUCCACACACCCACCAACAUCCUCCUCCUCUCUCUGGCUGUCUCAGAUUUCCUUGUGGGCCUCCUUGUGAUGCCAGCAGAAGCCCUAUUAAGAAACUCUUGCUGGUUUCUUGGUGACCUUUUGUGUUCCAUGUAUUUUUACGGGUCCUACAUCAUUCUCUUUGCCUCAGUAGGAGACAUGGUGCUACUAUCAGUUGACCGCUAUGUGGCUAUUUGUGACCCUCUGCAUUACACCACCAGAAUCACUUUGAAUAGAGUUAAAGUCUGUGUUUGUCUUUUAUGGUUCUGUUCUGUUGCCUACAAUAGUUACUACUUUAAUAUGUUUCUACUUCAACAAGAAAAUACUUCUUCCUGCUAUGGAGAUUGUAUGACUUUAUCGCAUCCAACUGCCGCUGAUGUUGAUUUUGUUUUUAACUUUUUUACUCCCAUUACUGCCAUUAUAGUUUUGUAUACGAGAGUAUUUGUUGUGGCUGUGUCUCAAGCUCGUGCCAUGCGCUCUCACAUUACAGCUGUCACAAAGCAGAUUUCAGUGACUAAAACAGCAAAGAAAUCUGAGCUGAAAGCAGCCAGGACUCUUGGUGUUUUGGUAGUUGUGUUUCUGAUGUGUUUCACGCCAGUUUACGUUGUAAGUUUUGUAGUGCUCCAAAACAUGAGUUAUUCAAGUCUAUACUUUAUACAGUAUCUGUACUAUUUCAACUCUUGUCUAAACCCUUUGAUUUAUGCCUUGUUUUACCCCUGGUUCAGAAAAACAGUUAAAUUCAUUGUUACUCUUCAGAUUCUGAAGCCUGGCUCUUUUGAGGCCAACAUACAGUAG